AUGAAACUCAACUCUGUAGUCGUCGUCGUGGUCGCCUGCCUCUUCAGCUUGGCGCUGGCGGAUGUCCAGCAACGUCGUCGCUAUCAGCCGCAGCAGCUGCGCUUCCAACGUCAGCAGCAGCAGCAGCAGCAGCAACCGUCGGGCUACAACUAUCAGCCCGCUAAUCUGGAGCAAGCUGCUCAGCCAGCCAACACCUAUGGCGCACCACUAGCAGCACCACAGCAGCUCUACAGCUCACCCGAAGCGCCCAUUCCCACGCCCUCUGCCGCGCCCGCUCGCCUGCAAGCCAAACCCGCGCGUCUUGUUGCCAACAGCGAGGCACAAGAGGAUAUCGAUGAUGCCGCUGAGGAAGUGGAGGUACCCAAGGCUGCGCCAGCGCCAGUGGCGCCUGUUGCUCCUGUAGCUCCGUUGCCACCAUCUGUGGUUUAUUAUCCUGCCGGCGCUGUUAGCUUUGUGCAACCCACAACCUAUGCCAAGUUUAUUGCUGCUCCACGGUCGAUUGCUGCUCCAGUGGCCGCUGUUGCUCCAGCUGCAGUUCCAGCUGCUGCCGCCGCCUAUGUUGCCACGCCCCAAUACUAUAGCGCCUACUAUGGCUGAACUUACAUAAAGCAAACCCAUGCCUAACUUUAAAUAUGAAUAAAAGUUAAAC